UGAAAUUUCAAGGUGUUCUCUUCGAGGCUUGGACACUUAAAAUUUGUGCAUAAAUCAAUUUCGAGUUUUGUGUGCUCCCGUAUUAUUUAAAUUGCUUGUGCAAAGUCCGUUUUGGAUUUCGCGCUUUUUAAAACAAAAGCCACUAAAUUUUUAGCAAGUAUCUGCGUAGGAUCUCAACGAAAAGGGCAAUCAUGUCGCAAAAACGUUGCUUUUCCAUAAACAUGAUCUGCACGAAGCUAGAAGUGCCCGGACAAGACUUUGGAUGUCCAGAGAAAUUGAAGAUACGCGCUGAUGUCUGCAAGGGCUGCAAGCCCACCUUAGAAGCCAGCCGCAUCAACGUCAACUGCAUGCCGUUGGAUCCGAUCUGCCAAUUUCUCAUGGAUGCCGAGUGCUUGCAGAAGCGUCUGGCGGAGGGUAUUCAGAUAGUCGUGAAAUAUAUGGGCAAGGAAAUUGGUCGAGCGUGUUACAUGCUGCCCGAGUUCGCCAUCGAGCGGGUGUGCACAUCCUUUCGGGAGGUUUCCCACUCUGCCAAUGUGGAGCUGACGCACAAAGGCAAUACAGUAGGUAUGAUCGGUAUGCGAAUGGUAAUGGUGAUGCGGUGUCCACCUCUGAAAGAAAUCAGAAAAAUGGAACGCAUGGAAAACUGCGGCGGGAAUGUGAAGGAUUGCGUGGAGAAGAUGGUCGAUGCACAGGAUCUGCUCUUCGUUGUAGGCGACAAGUCGCAGAGUUUUCCCAGUUCCUCUGCCGAUCCAUGCCUAAGUCUGGGCUUUGGCAGCGGCAUGGAAACCGGGUCGUGCUCCAAUGACAAACUUUCCAAAUAUCGCCAUCUGAAUAUGCGAUCUACAAAAAAUGCCGACAUGCUCGACUGCUGUGAUCUCUCCGGAGCUUCGCCAAGACUACUCGACAUGGCGGGUCCAUUUACUAUUUGCGAGGGCGCUGAGGAAGAUGUUGGGUGCUACAGUGUGGGCGCCAUGCCUGGUCCUGGAGCACACUUCGCCUUACGCCCAACCUUGGGUGAUGCUAACACCAACCGCCUGUGCACGAGAAUCUCUACUCCGCGUCUUAAACAGACCGAAAUCCAGAAGGCGCGCCGCUGCCCGUUGUGCAAAGAAGAUGUUUCCUGGCUGCCUAAAAUUUCCGCUUGUCCGCACUGCGGCUACAAGCCGGUGCCCGAGUUCAGGGAAACAACCUAUGAUGAGCAGGCCACAGCCGAGGCGAUACUUAAUAACCUGUUCGAGCAGUCAGCCAGCGAUGUGCCCAGCUUCGAGUCCAUCGACGGUGGUUGCUCCGAAGAGGGGGGUGAUGUGGAUCCCAAGAAUUCCGAAGAUGAAUUUGACAAUAUUGUACGAGACUUUAAGCACCUAAAGCGCAGCAUUAAGAGGACACGCCAGCAGGACACUGCUGCGACGGUGCCUCGAAUGUGCAGUCAAAUCGGUGGAAGUGGAGGCAAGACAGAAGACCAACCAAACUUAGCCAUAGUCUUCGAGGAACUUAAGGAUCUCUUCAAUUUGCGGGCCAAGACUACGAAAACGAAAAUUCGAGAGAUUUGCGAUGAAGCCUGCCGUCUGGCCAACAGCGUCAAGGAACGCAAGAGCUCCAAGACAAAGGAACCUCUUGCAAGUGAUAUUUGUGACUUGCCCAAGACCAAGAAGAAGAGGAAGAAGUGCGGACCAAGACGCAGGCUGCCCAUGAAAUCCAAGGUAUAUUCGGUACUAUCCGUAAGACCCCAUAGUCAGCGUCUAGGUCAUGCCGAAUGCUUCAACGGCUUCGGCCCCGGCAAGAAUGUACCCAGCAACAUGGGCUGGCUGUGGACGCGUUUUCCGCUGGCCAAACGACCUGGCUGGCGACCAGGCGCUAUCGGUCGUACCAUACGAGAUCUAAUGAGCUACUUUUUGAAAGACUUUCCAGUGGACAGUGUGCCUGUGUCCAAAUACAUGUCAUAUCACAACCAAAAGAAGCCACCGCCAGUUGAGCGCGAGGCAGAGCCGGAGGAUCUCGUCCAGGUACCGACGCUGCACAUCGAGAAGAAGAAUGGCGAUUAUAUUAUAACGCUGCGCCCGCUGAAGGAUGCUUCAACGCUGCAGCGUGCUGCUAAUCCCUACGCCGAAAUGAAACCCGUGCAGUUUCGUAUAACGAAGAGUCCGCUUCUCAAGCAGCUGCGCGAAGUGAAGAGGUGCCUCAAGAAUAUGGGAUUCAGCAAGUGUAAGUGCCAUCGGCCCGUGAUGCAAUGCUACUGUCGCACCUUCAUCGACAAGAAGCGACUUCUGCAGGAGGUACAACGUCAGUGUGAGAAACGCCGCAUGGAUAACUGUCGCGAGCAGCUCGUUCUCUCGGACACAACGGAUAGUGAGGCAGAAUUCGAUUUUGGCGUUACGCCGCCGGCUGGAGUGAUGAAGCCCGAGCGCCUCAAGGUGGUUGAUGUCGUUAACAACGAGACGCAGUACUGCGAGGCUGACUGGGCCAUGCCCACCAUGUUCCCCCAUCCACCCAAUGCCCUGAUGCAAUACGGCGCAUGCACGGGCGGCGAGCGCAAAAAGCUCUUCCCCUGGAUCUACGGCAAGGGCAAUGUGCAUCAGGAGCCGAAGCCGCCCAAAAUGCGCAACAUGCCGAAGAAAACGAAGAAGGGGGCGGGUCGCCAAGCAGGUGGCUAUGCCGGUCAGAUCAAUGAUACAUACACCAGGCCACAACCGGCAUUCUAUAAGCUGCCAGCGGACCUAAAUACAGCAGACUUGAGGCCCGGACAUCUGAGUGGUCCUCGCAUGCAGCGUCUGGCCCAGGCUGCCUACCCACCUAGCCACCAUGCACGACGGAAAGCGACUCGUCAUGUGAGGUUUUCCAAGAAACUCAACGAGCCUGCUAUGUAAUCCAAAAUUUACAACUAUUUUAUGCAAUAUUUUGAAAAUCCAUAAAAAUUUUUACGUUAACCAUUCAACAAAAUAGCUUUGAACCACGUAACGAAAUUUAAGUAAAAAUAAAAAAUAAUCAAAGUCAAAUAGUAA